AUGAACUCAACUGAAUUCAGUGAAGAUGUAGAAGAAGUUCUAAAAAAUAACACUGUGAAAGUGGAGACAGAGGCUGAAGAUGCUGCCCUGGACUGCUCAGUGAAUCCCAGGACUUCUGAGAAGCACCCUCUGGACAGCAUCUUCACUGCCCUGCAGGAGUCCAGCAAACGAAAGCAGCCGGGCAGUGAUGGCCAGCCAGACUCUGUCCCCAAUGUGAAGAGGAGGCGGCUGAUACCCGAGGCACUGCUGGCGGGCAUGCGAAACCGUGAGAACAGCUCGCCCUGCCAGGGCAAUGGAGAGCAGGCCAGCAAGGGCAGGAACUUGGGCUCCACAUGGCCCGGUGAGGAGGAGCCCUGCAACGACAUGACCACUCCUUCCUACAAAAAGCCUCUGUACGGCAUCUCACACAAGAUCAUGGAGAAGAAGAACCCUCCCUCAGGGGACCUGCUCAACACCUAUGAGCUCUUCGAGAAGGCAAACCCCAGCAACAGCCCUUCCCCACUGCGGCUCCUGAACGAGCCACAGAAGCGAGACUGUGGCAGCGCUGGGGUGGCCACUGACAGUGACCCCAACAUCUACUUCCUGAUCCAGAAGAUGUUCUAUAUGCUCAACACACUCACGUCCAACAUGUCGCAGCUGCACAGCAAGGUAGACCUGCUCUCCCUGGAGGUAAGCCGCAUCAAGAAGCAGGUGAGCCCCACUGAGAUGGUGGCCAAGUUCCAGCCGCCCCCCGAGUACCAGCUCACAGCCGCUGAGCUCAAGCAGAUUGUGGACCAGAGCCUGUCGGGGGGAGACCUGGCCUGUCGCCUACUGGUGCAGCUCUUCCCUGAGCUCUUCAGCGACGUCGACUUCUCCCGAGGCUGCAGUGCCUGUGGCUUUGCUGCCAAGCGCAAACUGGAGUCUCUGCACCUGCAGCUCAUCCGAAACUACGUGGAAGUCUACUACCCCUCAGUGAAGGACACAGCCGUGUGGCAGGCUGAGUGCUUACCCCAGCUGAAUGACUUCUUUAGCCGCUUCUGGGCCCAGCGAGAAAUGGAGGACAGCCAGCCCGGCGGCCAGGUCACUGGCUUCUUCGAGGCCGAGCAGGUGGAUACCAGCCACUUCCUGGACAACAAAGACCAGGAAGAGGCCUUGUCUCUGGACCGGAGCAGCACCAUCGCCUCAGACCACGUGGUGGACACACAGGACCUCACCGAGUUCCUGGAUGAAGCCUCCUCGCCCGGCGAGUUUGCCGUUUUCCUACUGCACCGCCUCUUCCCCGAGCUCUUUGACCACCGGAAGCUGGGUGAACAGUACAGCUGCUAUGGGGAUGGUGGCAAGCAGGAGCUGGACCCGCAGAGGCUGCAGAUCAUCCGCAACUACACGGAGAUCUACUUCCCCGACAUGCAGGUGGAGGAGGCCUGGCUGCAGCAGUGCGCCCAGCGCAUCAACGACGAGCUGGAGGGCCUGGGGCUGGACGGCGGCAGCGAGGGGGAGCCCCCGCGGGACGACUGCUACGACUCUUCCAGCCUGCCCGACGACAUCUCCGUGGUCAAGGUGGAGGACAGCUUCGAGGGCGAGCGGCCCGGCCGACGCUCCAAGAAGAUCUGGCUGGUGCCCAUCGACUUUGACAAGCUGGAGAUCCCACAGCCCGACUUCGAGGUGCCGGGCGCCGACUGCCUGCUCAGCAAGGAGCAGCUGCGCAGCAUCUACGAGAGCAGCCUGUCCAUCGGCAACUUCGCCUCCCGCCUGCUGGUGCACCUCUUCCCCGAGCUCUUCACCCACGAGAACCUGCGCAAGCAGUACAACUGCAGCGGCUCCCUGGGCAAGAAGCAGCUGGACCCUUCCCGCAUCAAGCUCAUCCGCCACUACGUACAGCUGCUCUACCCCCGGGCCAAAAACGACCGCGUCUGGACUCUGGAGUUCGUGGGCAAGCUGGACGAGCGCUGCCGGCGCCGGGACACGGAGCAGAGGCGCUCCUACCAGCAGCAGCGCAAGGUCCACGUGCCGGGCCCCGACUGCAGAGACCUGGCGAGCUAUGCAAUCAACCCGGAGAGGUUCCGAGAGGAGUUUGAGGGGCCCCCGCUGCCCCCCGAGAGGAGCAGCAAGGACUUCUGCAAGAUCCCCUUGGACGAGCUGGUGGUCCCCUCGCCCGACUUCCCGGUGCCUUCUCCCUACCUGCUGUCGGACAAGGAGGUGCGUGAGAUCGUGCAGCAGAGCCUCUCUGUGGGCAACUUCGCCGCCCGGCUCCUCGUCAGGCUCUUUCCCGAACUCUUCACCGCCGAGAACCUCCGGCUGCAGUACAACCACUCGGGGGCUUGCAACAAGAAGCAGCUGGACCCCACACGGCUGCGGCUCAUCCGCCACUACGUGGAAGCCGUCUACCCCGUGGAGAAGAUGGAGGAGGUGUGGCACUAUGAAUGUAUUCCCAGCAUCGACGAGCGUUGUCGCCGCCCCAACAGGAAAAAAUGCGACAUCCUUAAGAAAGCCAAGAAGGUGGAGAAGUGA